AUGGGGACAAACAGCCAGAGCACGGCCACGGUGGACACUGAAGAUGACGCCCCAGCUCCAGCUCUGCUUGGCGACAACCCUGCAUUGGGCAUUGUCUCUGUGAAAGGCUUAAAGGAGAACUGGCAGAAGUGGUCUGACCAGCACCAGGAAUACCAGAAGCACAACCCCUUCAGUCACGAUGCCAGGCCCAGUGCAGUAGUCCCUCAGAGGGGGCAGGAUGACUACGGGAGGCCCCUGGGGGGCUCCAUGACGGAGCAGCGGGGGAAGGAUGCUCACUCGCGCAUCAGCAUAGAGGUUCAGGAGCUGUGUGAGGUGAUCAGGAACAUUGGGGAGCCGAGAGACUGCGACGGGGAAGGAACCAGCUGCGAUGGGAAAUCCGUUCGUGUAGAAUUUGGGAAACUGUUUGAGCAUUAUGUGAAUAUCUCGAAUAAACUGGUUGGGAUUCUUUUGCGAGCGAGGAAGCAGAGGCUGUUGGACUUUGAGGGGGAGAUGCUGUGGCAGGGGAAGGAUGAGCAUGUGGUUAUUACUCUGUUUGAAUGA